CCAUGUAGUUGACAACUAAACACACCCACAAAAACAAGUUAACCAAAAACCAACUUCAGUAUCCAAUUCCAUGGCCACCAUUUUCUCACCUUCAGCCAUCUUCACCACCACAUCCUCCACCUCCACCUCCACCUCCACCACCACCACCUCACCACCUUUGACCAAACCACACCUUCCAAUUCUAUCCACCACCAAACUAAAAUUACCAAACUUAGCCAACACUGCAUUAACUCUAGCUGCAGCCACCAUCAUAGCCACCUCAUCCACCUUGCCUGCCUUAUCUGCUGAAUCAUAUGCCACAUACUACGGCACAGCUGCCAGCGCAGCCAAUUAUGGUGGCUAUGGUGGAAAUUCAGACAAAAAAGCCUCUGCUGAAUAUGUCUAUGACAUUCCAGAAGGAUGGAAAGAAAGACUAGUAUCAAAAGUCGAAAAGGGAACCAAUGGUACUGAUAGCGAAUUCUACAAUCCGAAGAAGAAAACUGAAAAGGAGUACUUGACUUUUCUUGGUGGGCUCAGACAGUUAGCUCCAAAAGAAGUAGUUCUAAACAAUCUUGCACUUUCGGAUGUGAAUUUGCAGGAUUUGAUUGCUGGUGCAGAUCAAGUGAGUGCUGAAGAGACUAAAGAUGAUAAAGGGCAGGUGUAUUACGUGUAUGAAAUCGAUAGUGCAAGUGCACAUAGUUUGAUAUCAGUUACCUGUGCUAAAAACAAGCUGUAUGCACAUUUUGUAAUGGCACCUGCAGCUGAAUGGAAAAAGGAUCAGGAGACACUGAAACAUAUUCAUGAGUCAUUCAAGACCGUUGGAUAGAAGAGUCUAAUUUUGAAAUAAACAGAGGUUCCGGUGAAAGAUAAUGCUUACCCAUUUGUAAAUUUUGGUUCGGAUGUAAUCAGUGCUUGUAGCUUGUAUCAUAUAUUUGCUACUGUAUUAAAUAUUAUGUUUUACAAAGUAAUAUCAAUGAUACCUUCUCUGCA